CUCUACGUCUGUGGCUUCGCCUCCAGCGUCCUUUUUGGGGUGGUUUCCUCCUCUUUAAUCGACCGCUUGGGUCGGAAGAAAUCCUGCGUCCUUUUUUCCUUGACGUACUCGGUCUGUUGCUUGGUGAAGCUUUCCCGGGAUUACCUGGUGCUGGCAGUGGGGAGGGUUUUGGGGGGGUUGUCCACGGCGUUGCUCUUCUCCGCCUUCGAGGCGUGGUACGUCCACGAGCACGUGGAGCGCCACGACUUCCCCCCGGAGUGGAUCGCCGUCACCUUCUCCCGCGCGGCUUUUUGGAACAACGCCCUCGCCGUGGGGGCCGGGGGAGCGGCCGAAUUCUUCGCCGAGGGGUUGGGGUGGGGCCCGGUGGCUCCAUUCAUGGUCUCCAUCCCCCUCCUGGUGCUCUCGGGGAGUUUCGCCGUCAAGAACUGGGAUGAAAACUACGGGAAGAACCGCGCUUUUCCCAAAACCUGCGGCGAGGGGUUGAGGUGCCUCCUCGGCGACCGGCGCGUCCUCCUCCUGGGCACCGUCCAGGCGUUGUUCGAAAGCGUCAUCUACAUCUUCAUCUUCCUCUGGACCCCCGUGCUGGACCCCCACGGUGCUCCCUUGGGCGUCGUCUUCUCCGCCUUCAUGGCCGCCAGCGCGCUGGGCUCCUCGCUCUACCGCCUGGCCGUGGCGGCGCCGUACGGCCUCCAGCCCACCCACCUCCUCUGCCUCGCCAUCCUCUUCCUCUUCUUCUCCCUCUUCAUGCUCACCUUCUCCACCAGCCCCGGCCAGGAGAGCCCCGCCGAGUCCUUCCUCGCCUUCCUCCUCAUCGAGCUCUCCUGCGGGCUCUACUUCCCGGCCAUGGGCUUCCUGCGGCGCAAAGUGGUGCCGGAGAAGCACCGCGCCGGGGUGACCAACUGGUUUCGCCUCCCUUUGCACUUACUGGCCUGCCUGGGUUUACUGGUUCUCCACGGCAGCGACGGGCGGACGGGCACGAGGAGCAU